AUGUCGGCCGCCACCACCCACAGGCCGGGGACUGGUCUGGGCCGACUUGGACCUCCCUUUUCGCACAGCGACAGCAGGUCGUCGGUCGCGGCCUGCAUCGCCGACCUCCCGGUGUCCAUCACAUCGCGUGGGAGGACGUUGCGGCCGGCGCGAGACUUGGCCGGCUAUCUCCGCUCCGAGCUCCUGCCGUGGAAGCUCGAUCUCAUCUCGAGCCACCUGUGGUUUGCCGGGCCGCGCCACGUCCCUGCCCGGUCGCUGCACCGCCAUCGGUUGGCGCGUCGUGAAAUAGUUAUCACCGAGAGUCCGAGCGAGCACCUCAUCUCGGACUACACAGUCGUGUUUGUGAAGCCGCUUCCCAGCUACUUGCUCUGCUACGACUUCUGGGCCACUCAUCUCGCAGCCGACGCGUCCCUCUACGCUGCUGCCUGCGGCUUGCUGCUGUCCUACACCUGGCUCAUCGCAUAUCCCACCGACUUUGACAUCGCCAAGGAGCUGCGCCUGCUGCCAGCUGACCUGGCGUGGAGCGCAUGGACCUCGUUCGUCUCGGGCUUCCUGGACCAUCUCGAGGCGUUGGGCUCGGCGUCGGCUUACCGGUACACCUAUGGCGAGCUACGCAUGAGUCGUGUCAAUUACCUCUACAAGUUUGUGCCGUCGGUCUGGGAUAGGGAUAAUCCCGCCCGAGGGUUUAUGCCGACGUCCAUGUGGAACAAGUCCUUCCUGGAGCGGAACGUUGCCCGCCUUCUCACCGUCUUCGUCGCCAUCUCGCUGGCCCUCUCGGCCAUGCAGGUCGGCCUGGCCACCGCCCAGCUGCAGCAGGACGAUUUUUCCGCCUUUGUCAGCGCGUCUUAUGGCUUCGCCGUCGCCUCUCUCGUUCUCGUGCUGCUGUGUGGGGGCGCCGUCUUGGUCGCCGCCGUCUGGCAUUUCCGCUACAAGAUUUUGCGCCCGUGGAGGAUGCACGUCUCGAAACAAGGCACCCAGGGACACAACCUGUGA